AUUGUUGUUGUUGUUGUUGUUAUUGUUGUUGUUGUUGUUGUUGUUGUUAUUAUCGUCGUUGUCGUCGUCGUCGUCGUCGUUGUUGCCGAUUCGAAAGGAAAGAAGAAAAAGAAGAAGAAGAAGAAAGGAUUGGUGCGGCUGCGGCGGCGACAGUGGUGGUGGUGGUGGUGGUGGUUGCAUGAUAUGUUGUCGUCGCCGGUGGUGGGCCUCGUGUCGGUGGUUGUUAGAUGCCGGUGACGAAAGCCUUGACGAGGAUUAUAACGAGAUUAAGAAGAAAUCGACGACAAAGAAGAGAAGAACGACGGAAGGAAAGAAACGAGGAAUUAUCGGAACGUAAUAGAUUUUGUAUUAGAAUUGUCCUACAGCGAAACGAAAAGGAAGAAGGACGACGACGAUGUUCAACGUGACUAUUCCUAAAACGUUCCUUAUUCUUUCACGAGCGAGAAGGAUUAUCAUCGGGAGAGAUAGUGAAAGAGAGUGAGAGAGUGAGAAAAGGCUGAAUGAAGCGACAGCAGGAGCAAGAACGGCGGAGGUCGAGCCACUGUCGGUGGUGGUGGUGCCAAUAACCUCUCUCACUAUUCGAACGCGUUUCGACUUAUUCUCUCUGGCUUGAACGAAGCACUCCUCCUCCCUUAUUCGGUGCACACGAUGCGUUUGCUCCCGUAUUACUAUCAUAUAGAUCGUAAAAUUAGACGUUCGAAGGCACGUUCGAUGAUAAAAGUGGAAGAAUCGUUCAAGCCCGUUGUCUAUAUCUCUGAGGUAAAAGCGUACGAGCCAACAUUGACGAACUUGUUUCUCAACGUCAAUUCUGUCAACUUCUUUUUCGUCGCUGCUACCAUCUGAAAAAAAAAAAAGAAAAAAAAACAGCGUGCUAACGAAGAAUCGCUAAAGAAGGAAGAUGAUGCUGUCUGUUGCUUCGAGCGACGUCGGACACUGACUUUUCAUAGUUCCUUUUUCUUUUCUUCUUCUCCUUUUUUAUAUAUAUAUAUAUAUAUAUAUAUAUAUAUAUAUAUAUUCUUCUUUUUUACCUAUCACUACUACUUCUUUCCCUUUUUCUUUAUUUCCUUUUUAUCCCCCUCUCUUUCUGUAUUUUUUUUUUUUUAACUUCAUGCGAUUCCUGCCGUGUUCGGUUUUCGAAUUUGAAAGGAACGCGCGCCGCACACGUGCGAGAUUCACUUUCUAGUCCGCUGCAUUUAAAAUACAUAUUAAAAAAAAGAAAAAAAAAAAAAAAAAAAAAAAAGAAAAAAAAAGAAGAAAAAAAAAGAAAAGCACGAUCGAGGUUAUAGGCCACGAUAGACAUAAAUGUUUUAAUGUCCUUAUUUCUUCUGGGAAAAAAUUCUACGAGCCCUCGAUUAUAAUCUAUCGAUCGUACGAGAGAGAGACUGAGAAUAAAGGAGAAUAUUAGUUCGUUAAUUUAUUCAAAGGGAAUAACUGAAAGGCGGAGAGCAAAAAAGAAGAGAAGAUAGAUAAAUAAAUAAAUAAAUAAACUAACUGACUAAAUAAAUAAAUAAAUAAAUAAAUAUAUAAAUAAUUAAUUAAUUAAAUGAAUGAAUGAAUGAAUGGAUAGAUAGACAGAUAAGAUAGAGAAAGAGAGAAAGAAAAAGAAUGAGUUGCUAACAAAGAAGAAGAAGAAGAAGAAGAAGGUAGGGGAGUAAAGUGUGGAAGAUAACGAGAUAAGAUCGUUCCCUCGGCAUGAAGAUAUCCGACAAGACCGCGAUAAGGCCGAUUCCACGGGGUGGUGGAAAAUACGAAUCUAACGUCUUGUCUUGAGAUCGUUUCCUCGUCGGUUCAACGUGCUUUGGAAGAGGUAAACGAAGCAGAGAUAAAAGACAAAAGAAAAGAAAAGGAUAGGAAAGGAAAAGGAAAAAGGGAGGAAAAGGAAAAUAGAGGGAGAAGAAGUGGAAGAGAAAGAGGAAGGAACAAAUGACUAGCUUAACCAUUGCGGCGAGCAUGAUGCCUCUGUCAAGGGCAAAUCCGUAUGGAAUGGCGGCGGACACGAUAUCGACGCAGACGUGUAACAUAGCGACGAACGAGAGCAAUCACCUGCCACCGUUAAAGUCAACGUCGGCGGCAGUAGUGAUGAUGGCAGCGGCUUUCGACAACUUGAAGCAGAGCGAAUCGUCGCCGCCGCGACACGUCGCGCACGCGACCAUCGGUCACGUGGUUGGCGGUGGUGCCAGCGGAGGAGGAGGAGCCGGAGGAGGAGGUGGUGGUGGUGUCGGUGCCGGUGGCGGAGGAGCGUCCACGCACCUGCCCAGCCUUGCGUCAAGCGCUAACAACAGCCUGCAGAAUCUCUCCGGGAACUCGGACAGCCUAAAUCUCAGUUUAAGCUCGCACGCGAGUCACAAUUCGCAUUCCCAGCCAAACUCGCAGUCGAGUAGCCCGAUGGUGAAGAACGGUAGAUCGGAUGGCAGUUCGAGUGGUGGUGGCGGCGUUGGUGGUGGCGGCGGUGGCGGCGGCGGUGGCGGUGGCGGUGGCGGUGGCGGUGGCGGUGGCGGAGGCGGUGGUAGUGGUGGUACGGGUGGAGCCGUCGUUUCUACCACCGACGGAAGGCCCGGCACCGCGUCUGGGGCCAGCGCAAGCCCCAGUACCGUUCUUUUUCCUGAAAAACGUAUGUCGAUGAGACUCCUACCGGAUACCGUAAUGAGGUUCUAUAUGAACAAACUCACGCCGUACGAACACCACGAGAUAUUCAAUUACGAAUACAUUUAUUUUAUCGGGGCGAAUGCCAAGAAACGACCCGGCAUCAUUGGACGGCGUAACAAUCACGAGUACGACAACGAUCAAGGCUCUUAUAUACACGUACCGCACGAUCACGUGGCGUACAGGUACGAGGUCCUCAAGGUAAUCGGCAAAGGUUCCUUCGGUCAGGUCGUUAAGGUAUAUGAUCACAAGAAUCAUGAGCACGUUGCCCUCAAAAUGAUUAGGAACGAGAAGAGGUUCCAUCGGCAGGCGCAAGAGGAAAUCGAGAUACUGAAGAAGCUUAGGGAACAGGACAAACACGAUAGGAUGAACAUCAUUCAUAUGUUCGAAGCGUUCACCUUUCGUUGUCACACAUGUAUAACCUUCGAGCUACUCAGUAUUAAUCUUUACGAGCUCAUCAAGAAGAACAGGUUUCGGGGCUUUAGUCUUCAGCUCGUCAGAAAGUUUUCGUAUUCCCUUCUUCUAUGCCUCGACGCACUGAACAAGAACAAAAUCAUACAUUGCGAUAUGAAGCCGGAGAACGUUCUUCUAAAGCAGCAAGGACGGAGUGGUAUCAAGGUGAUAGACUUCGGCUCGAGUUGCUACGAGAACCGGCGCGUCUACACGUAUAUACAAAGCCGCUUCUACCGGGCCCCGGAGGUGAUCCUUGGUGCUGGAUACGGCAUGCCGAUCGACAUGUGGAGUCUAGGCUGCAUUCUCGCUGAACUAUUCACUGGGAUCCCGCUGUUGCCGGGUGAAGAUGAGGCGGAUCAACUGGCGUGCAUAAUCGAACUUCUAGGUAUGCCGCCAGCCUACUUGCUAGAAAAUGCAAAGCGCCGUCGAAAUUUCAUCAGUUCGAAAGGUUACCCGAGGUACUGUACGGUGACGACGCUAUCAGACGGUACGGCACGUUUUGGUGGUGGCCUAUCGAGGAGAGGAAAACUCCGUGGCCCACCGGGUUCGAGAGAAUGGAAACGGGCAUUGAAAGGCUGUGACGAUCUCAUGUUCAUCGAUUUCAUAAGGGGUUGCCUCGAAUGGGAUCCAAAACUAAGAAUGACACCCAGGAUGGCACUCAGGCAUGCUUGGUUACGGCGUAGAUUACCGAAGCCACCCUCGGAAAAGAUCAACGACGAUUACUUUCCUCCACCGCGAACGUCCGUUACUGGUCUAAGAACGCCAGCUUCUUCAGGUAGCAAAACCAUCACCACGGCUACCACUACCACCAUCAACACUACAGCCAUAAAUACGGCCACUACCACGACUACUGCUGCCGUCGCUGCUGUAGCGGCCACUGCUAGGAGCAAUACCCUUCAGUCGACGAACGUCAAUGCUGCGGCGACUAGAAAUAAAGUGCGACAAAAAUCACAGCCACAACAACAGCAGCAGCAGCAGCAACAGCAGCAGCAACAACAACAACAGUUGAAUGAUUUCUAUUGUCGCAGAUCGACUAUACACUCAAGACAUCCCCAGUCGGGUAUUUUUGGCAAUACGACGUCGGUUCAAACUACGGUUCAUGCAGUUUCCUCGAAUCAUCAGCCGAGUCUUAGCAGUCAUCAGUCCUUAAAUUCGGUCGGCACUGCUGGAUCUCAACAGCAACAACAUGGCGCCAGUCAUCAAUUGCAACAACAGCAGCAGCAACAGCAACAUCAAAGCAACGGAUCGUCGCAUGGAUCAUCUUCUCAUGGAUCUUCCUCCCAUGGAUCCUCUUCUCAUGACAGUCAUAGUUCGCAUGGUCCUUCGAGUGCUUUGAGUCGCGUGAUAUUAAGCAAAGAGUUUAUCGAAGAACUCAGACGUUACGCCGAAAUAUGAGGACGUCGGCUCACACGUGUGCCACUGCCGUCAUGUUCGUUAAUAACUUCGAGUAGCGUUGACCUUGGAAACCGUGCGCAGACGGUAACAUUGACGUCAAGGUGAACGAGGAAGGGUCGUGAAAUUGAAAGGUUAACGAUCCUUCGAAGCUUUGCCAGAAUACAAACACUCUGUGCGAUGAAUGACCUCGCCCUAUACGUUCUAGGCGAGCGUUUAGUGAUAUAAGUGAUUUCGCAUAUUACGAGAGAGAUUGACCUACAUUCGAACCUUUUUAGACCUAUUUCGUUUCUUUCUAUUAUUAUUAUUAUUAUUAUUAUUAUUUUUUUUUUUUUUUUUUUUUUUUUUUUUUUUUUUUUCUUUUGUUAAUCCGAUCUGUAAGAAAUUGGUCUUUAACCGGGUGUGUAAUAUCGCUGCAUUUUAUCGAUGUCGUAAUUCGAUUUUUAAUUGUGACGCUGAAUUCGUGGUAACGUUAAGGCACAAAAUUUAAUUUAGAUGUAUAAAUAAUACGUGAUAUUCGUCGGAGUGACUAGUCUAUCCCUAGCUCUUAUCCACGAAAGCACGACUCUCUUUCUCAUUUUAGUAUCGUAUAGUAUGCUAGUGCUCAGUUUUCUUUUGUUUAGCCGCUGAACGUUUGCUCCUGUUGUCAUUGCUGGAUCUUUUGUAACAAUCGUAUUAUUCACUAACUACGAAGGCCGUCGUAAGCGCAUAAAUGCAUAUACAUAGGCAUUGCUUGCCAUCGGUGAAUUGGUAUCGUGCGAAACCUCAUUUGUAUCGACAUUUAUUACAUUGUCUUGACUUUUAGGUUAUUGUGCCAGGGAAGUCGGGGAAUGCGAAGGGUUCAUAAGCGUGUAUAACAUCGUCAAUGAAUCGAUCCGGAAUACUCUAUUGAAAGGGUUUCUAACUCUGUGACUGUAUAGUAAGUAAAACAAAUUGUACAAUGAAUUUCUUCUAGGCGUAUAUCAUUAAAUCUGACUGGGGUUAAAUUCGUGUCACGAGAAAUACAUAUUUAAAUUAAAUUCAAUAAUAUUCUUUAUCAUUUCACUGUCUUCUUUAAGGAAUCUCGCGUGACGUUUAUCGUAAAGGUAACAUUAAAUUGUCCCAUGAAACCUCAACUAUUCUUCCUAUCGAUCUUGAGACACUUGACCUUUUUAAUUUGCAUAUCGGAGAAUAUCAUUGAACGCGAGGGAAAAAGUUAGAAAGAUUUCCUUUUUGAAUCUUUUUUCAAUGAUUAAUAUAUAAUUGUAUAUAUUGCAUUGUAGAUAUAAGUGAAAUUGUACG